CAACGACUUCAUUAAAUUUUCUCCAGUCCCCACUACCUUCUUUAGUGGAAUUGCAUUUUGAGUUUGCUUCUUUUUGAUACACCUUAAAGGCUUUUACCUUCCUCUCAAUUUCUCUAGUUUAUGUUGAAGAAGAAUCUAUUUUUUCCUCUGUAUAACCGGACAUGAAGCUGUCUCUUUCACUUGCUCUACUCAUGUUUUUCACCGUGGUUCUUGCUGAAGCCAGGUUUUCGAGUGAGACUGACAAGAAAGCUUUGCUUGAGUUCAAGUCCCAAGCCGCUGAGAACAACAGUGAGGUCUUGUCCUCAUGGAACAACUCCUCUCCGCUCUGCAGCUGGACUGGGGUUACAUGUGGUCAGAGACGAGAAAGAGUUGUGAGUCUAGACCUUGGAGGAUUCAAGUUAGCUGGUGUGAUCUCACCUUCCAUUGGUAAUCUCUCGUUUCUCAGGUUACUUAAUCUCGCAGACAACUCUUUUAGAAGUACUAUUCCUAAAGAGGUUGGGAUGCUGUUUAGGCUUCAGUACUUGAACAUGAGCUUUAAUCUUCUAGAAGGAAGGAUUCCACAUAGUCUCUCUAACUGCUCUACACUGUCCACCCUUGAUUUAACGUCAAACCAACUUGCACACAACAUUCCUCCAGAGCUAGGUUCGCUUUCUAAGCUUGUCAUUCUCUCACUUGCUAAGAACAACCUUACCGGAAAGUUUCCUUCAUCGUUGGGAAACUUAACCUCACUCCAGAAGCUUGAGUUUGCAUAUAACAAUAUGGAAGGGGAGAUUCCAGAAAACGUUGCUAGGUUGACUCAAUUGGUGUACUUCCAGAUAUCACAGAACAGUUUCUCAGGUGUUUUCCCUCAUGUGUUAUACAACCUCUCUUCUCUUGAGUAUCUAUCUCUAGGUGGCAAUAGCUUUUCAGGUGAACUUAGAGGUGAUAUUGGUGAUCUUCUUCCAAACCUAAGACAACUUUUUCUGGGAGAAAACAGAUUCACCGGAGCCAUCCCCAUAACACUUACCAAUAUCUCAACCCUUGAAAGGUUUCAUAUCUCAUCUAAUAACCUGACAGGAAGCAUCCCUUUGAGUUUUGGAAAGCUACGUAAUCUCUGGUGGUUAGGGAUUGCUCAAAACGCUCUGGGAAACAACUCGUUCAGUGAUCUUGAGUUUAUUGGUGGUUUAACUAACUGCACUGAGUUAGAGUUCUUAGACGCUGGUUACAACAGACUUGGAGGUGAGCUUCCUGCCUCCACAGCCAACUUGUCCACCAAGCUGACUAGUCUAAACUUGGGAGGAAAUCAAAUCUCUGGAACAAUUCCUCGUGACAUUGGGAAUCUCAUUAACCUGCAAGUACUCAGUUUGGAAGCAAAUAUGUUGACAGGAGAACUUCCUGUCUCUUUCGGGAAGCUUUUGGAGUUGCAGGUGGUGGAUCUGUAUACAAACUCAUUAUCUGGGGAGUUACCAUCUUACUUUGACAAGAUGACUCAGUUGCAAAAGAUUCAUUUGAACAGCAAUAGUUUCCAAGGAAGAAUCCCUAAGAGUAUUGGAGGUUGUAGAAACUUGCUAGACUUAUGGAUUGAUACAAAUAAGUUGAAUGGGAGUAUACCUCGAGAAAUACUGCAGAUUCCAUCUCUUACUUAUGUAGAUUUGUCAAGCAAUGUCUUAACCGGUUUUAUUCCGGAAGAAGUUGGAAAGCUAGAGCUUCUUGUUGGACUAGGUGUUAGCGACAACAAGUUAUCAGGACACAUUCCACAGACUCUAGGAGGUUGUCUCUCGUUGGAGUUUCUCUAUCUGCAAGGGAACUCGUUUGAGGGAGCCAUUCCAGAUAUAAGUCGGUUGGUCAGCCUUAAAAAUGUUGACUUCUCUAGAAACAAUCUCUCUGGCAGUAUACCUCAGUAUCUGGCUAAGUUUCCUUUGCUGCAAAAUCUGAAUCUUUCUAUGAACAAGUUUGAAGGAAGUGUGCCUACAACAGGAGUGUUUCGAAAUGCUACAGAAGUUUCUGUGUUUGGUAACAAUAAUCUAUGCGGAGGGAUCAGAGAAAUGCAACUAAAGCCAUGCACUGUGGAAGCACCAUCAAGGCCAAGAAAAUCUUUGUCACUUCGAAGAAAAAUUGCCAGUGGUGUUGGGAUAGGUGUGGCCUCACUUUUGUUAAUCAUAAUUGUGGCUUCUCUGUGUUGGUUCAAGAAGAGGAGAGACAAGAAGAAGAAGAGCAAUACUAGUAGUACUAACCUAUCUUAUUCUACUUCACUGGGAAAGUUCUAUGAGAAGUUAAGUUACAAAGAGCUUCAUGAUGCAACUGGUGGCUUCUCUUCAAGCAAUCUCAUUGGUUCAGGAAACUUCGGUAAUGUGUAUAAAGGAGUGCUUGGCGAUGAUAACAAACUCGUAGCUGUUAAAGUCUUGAACCUCUUGAAACACGGAGCAACGAAAAGCUUUAUGGCGGAAUGUGAAACUUUCAAAGGUAUAAGGCAUCGUAACCUUGUGAAACUGAUAACGGUCUGUUCAAGCCUCGAUUCAGAAGGAAAUGAGUUCAGAGCUUUGGUCUAUGAGUUCAUGCCAAAAGGAAGUCUGGAUAUGUGGCUGCAGCCACAGCCAGAAGAUCCUUCGAGAGCUUUAACAGUUCCAGAGAAACUUAACAUAGCGAUAGAUGUUGGUUCGGCUUUGGAGUAUCUGCAUGUUCAUUGUCAUGACUCAAUAGCUCACUGUGAUCUUAAGCCAAGCAAUGUUCUUCUUGAUGAUGAUCUUACUGCUCAUGUUGGUGACUUUGGUUUGGCUAGGCUUCUAUAUAAAUUCGAUCGAGAAUCUUUCCUAAGUCAGUUUAGUUCUGCUGGUGUCAGAGGCACCAUUGGCUAUGCCCCACCAGAGUAUGGAAUGGGAGGCCAACCAUCAAUAAAAGGAGACGUGUACAGCUUUGGAAUUCUACUUUUGGAGAUGUUCAUUGGAAAGAAACCGACGGACGAAUCAUUUUCAGGGGACUAUAACCUCCACAGCUACGCAAAGACUGUACUGUUAGGAGAUAUUGAGGAGGGUGGAGGUAGCAAUGCCGUUGAUGAGUGGUUGAGACUGGUUUUGCAGGUGGGAAUAAGGUGUUCUGAAGAAUAUCAAAGGGAUAGGAUGAAAAUGGAUGAAGCAUUACGUGAAUUAGUUUCAGUCAGAUCUAAGUUCUUUAGUACCAAGACAGAUGCUGCAGAAGAGCUAAGUCCCAGGGAUGCUGUGCAAAGUUCUCCUCAGGAAUGGAUGUUAAACGAGGACGUGCAUACGAUGUAAGACGAAAUACAAAUGACAUCACAAUCACCAUCUCAACUACUUCUGCUUCAUCCCAAACCGAAGCCCACUCACCUUCUCCUCUUUUCGUUUCCUUUUUGUUGUUUUUAAGCAUUUUCUUAAAAUAAGGUCUUUCUUAAAAAGCUCACUAAGUAGUAGCUAAACUUAGUUGACAAAGUUUUUUUUCUUUUUUUUCUUAAAAUAAGGUCUUUCUUAAAAAGCUCACUAAGUAGUAGCUAAACUUAGUUGACAAAGUUUAUUUUGCUUUU